GUUUCGGCUCACAUUAUUUGCAUUAUGAAUAUGAAGCGAUGUUCACCGACAACUCUAAUAUCCAUUGCGUAAACACGUUCGUAGUGCGAGUCUUUGCAGUAAUGAGAAGAAGGAUCAUUUUCCUAUUCCAAGACACAUAGAGGAAACAUUUUGAUCUCUUCUUUGAGACAUGAGUGAUACACAUCGUAUAAGUCCAUCCACCCCGAUGGGGGAAGUAGAACACACCAAUAUUCUGUCACAAGAUAUAGGUCAUCUUUUUUCCAAUGAGGAAUACAGCGAUAUAACUCUUGUUGUGGAAAAUCAGAAAUUCCAUGCACACCGUGUCAUCCUAGCUGCAAGAUGCCAGUAUUUCAGAGCCCUAUUUUACGGUGGAAUGCGAGAGUCUGAUCCUGAAUGUUGUGAGAUUGAGCUCCAAGACACUACAUCCCAGGCCUUUGAGGCUCUCCUUAAAUACAUCUACACAGGCUGUCUCAAUCUACUAGACCUCAAGGAGGACAACCUUCUAGAUAUUUUAGGCCUGGCCCACCAAUAUGGUUUCAGUGAGCUUGAAGCUUCCAUCUCAGAUUACCUCCGUGCCAUCCUCAGUAUCCACAAUGUGUGCCUGAUCUAUGAUGUGGCCAGUCUCUACACCCUUGGUUCUCUAAAGGAGACGUGCUAUCAGUUCAUGGAUCGCUAUGCCACAGAGGUCAUGAACAGUGAGACCUUCCUCACUCUGUCUAAGGGUGCCCUGAAGGAGGUGAUCUCAAGGAAUUCCUUCUAUGCUAGUGAGAUUGAUAUCUUCAGAGCUGUUCAAAGCUGGGUCCAAGCCAACAAAGAUGUAUCUCACAAGGAGAUUGUGGGGGCCAUCAGACUACCUCUUAUGAGUAGACAGGAUCUGCUCUACACAGUGCGACCAUCUAACUUGCUGUGUGCUGACUCUAUCCUUGAUGCUUUCAAGAUCAAAGAAGAAUGUAGGAAUGCAGACCUCAACUACAGAGGAGUGCUCAUUCCAGAGGAAAAUGUAGGAACAGCGAAGCAUGGUGCGUCGGUGGUCAAAGGAGAGAUGCGGUCAUCUCUUCUUGAUGGUGACUGUCAGAACUAUGACCUUGACCGCGGCUUCACCAGACAUCCCAUUGAAGAUGUACACACUGGUGGCAUCGUGAUCACCCUGGGCAAACCAACCAUAAUCAACACCAUCAGACUCCUCCUUUGGGAUAGAGAUACCAGGUCGUAUUCUUACUUCAUUGAAGCUUCUGUGGAUGAGAAUGAUUGGAUCAAGGUAAUUGAUCAUUCAGCAUUUUUAUGUCGGUCAUGGCAGACCUUGCAUUUUCCUGCUAGGGUUUGUAGAUACAUUCGCAUCGUUGGAGUUCAUAACACCGUCAACAAAGUAUUUCAUCUUGUCUCAUUUGAAGCGUUCCAUACGACUAGGAUAUUUCAACUGGAAAGUGGAUUGAUAGUCCCACAGCAGAAUGUAGCCACAAUCAAAGCCAGUGCCAGUGUUAUUGAAGGGGUCAGUCGCAGUAGAAAUGCUCUACUGAAUGGUGACACCAAAAACUAUGACUGGGACUCGGGGUAUACAUGCCAUCAGCUAGGCAGUGGUUCGAUUGUAGUACAACUCGCACAACCUUAUGUUAUUGGCAGUAUUAGGUUGCUAUUAUGGGACUGUGAUGCAAGAACAUACAGCUACUUUGUAGAUGUAUCUACUGACCAACAAACAUGGACGAGAGUAGCAGAUAAAACAAAGGAUAAUUGCAGAUCUUGGCAGACAUUAUACUUUCAGCGCAGACCAGUCACCUUCAUUAAGAUCGUUGGAACUAGGAAUACAGCCAAUGAGGUUUUCCACUGUGUGCAUUUUGAAUGCCCUGCACAGAACACACAGAGCGGCGAAUCUCACUCUUCAGAUCUAGAUGAUGACAGCUCAUCAUCUGGCCAUGGCCCAACCCUCCGACUUGCCAAUCCCAGUACCUCCUCCAGUAGCACUGUACAUUGUCCAUCAAGGUCAGUCUCUCAGCAGAGCCCCAUGUCACCCUCAUCAACAAGGAGUUCGCCGACAUCGAGUAUGGGUGGACCACCGCUCUGAGAGGAUAUUGAUAACCAGACAAAUUGAAACUUGAGUUCUUAUAGUUUUGACAAGUUUUCGCUGCAAUAUUUUCUUGCUUUCUCCACCAUUUCAAAGGAUUUGGUAAUGACUGCAUGGUGUUUGAUCACUUGCUUUCCUGCUUCAAUUCUGGUUCAGCUGCCUAGAGUUGGUGAAAAUAAGGAUAUGCAACAGAGAGGGUUGCAAUCAAUCACGAUUGGCAUCAACCAAUCAAGAUUUUUGUUACAUGUGCAUAUUGUUCAACAUACCCACCGUCAAGCAAUCAGAAUGGUUGUUUCAAAAUUGCAACUGAGCAUAAAUCCUGAGGUUACAGGAUUUGUGUCUGUUCUUAGAUUUGACUGACAAGACCACAGCUAUUCUUUGAUUACUAUACAAAAGUAAGGGAUACAUAUUUGCCAUUGGUCAAGGACAUGCCAAAGGUCACCAUGUUGUCUCUAGCAGAGGUGCCAAUUGUUACUGUCUUCUAGUAUGUGGCUUUGGAAGAAAUUAAAACAUGUUGAAGGACCAGAGUAAUAGUGUCAAAGUUAUACUAUGGUUCUGCAAGCUUUAUCUAGUGGAGUUGUCAUGUAAAAAUUACACUGGUUUGGAAUUCAGCCAGUUUGGGGAUGAAGGUUGAGUAUUUAAGAUGUGUUGCUUUAGCAAUGAUUUUGAUGAUAUUGUUGUAGCAUACACAGAGUUUCACGGUGAAGCUGUGUGAAUUCUGAAUCAGUAUCGUGUUGUUCCCUUUCAUUUCAUAGACAUGAAAUGUAUCAGGAAUUAAUGGAAAACAUGAAAAUUAAUUUAUAGAAAUAGUCUGAUAAUCAUGAUGGUAUGCCACUGUUAGUUUUUAACCAUCAAUUUACGGGAAGAAAAAUGAAAGGUCUCUUCUGUGUUUUACCAAUGCUGCAAUGAUUCAUAAUUAAAUACAGUAUGGAAGAGCAGAAUCUAGCUUGUUGUCCAUUACAAUGUUCAUAAUGUAGAUUGGCCAUGCAAUGUAAACCACAAAUUAUAUUAUUGAAUCAAGGAUGCAAAACAAGGAACAGAGCUGCUUGUUUAGGAAAUAAGUAGGGUUCUUUCCUCAAAAUCAUGGUCAAAUCAUGAAAUUUAAAUUAUUCAUGGAAGUAAAAAUAUUUCUGCUACUAUGUAAGUACAGAUUAAAGGCAUAGCUCAGUAAAAUACAGUGGUACAAAUUAAACCACAUAUGCUGAUAAAUGCGAAUUGGUUGCUUCCCAGGUCUAAAAAAAACAGAUUGAGAAUUUCAUGACACAAAGAAUGUUGCUUGAUAUCUCAUUGACUUUCUGCACAAAAAUUUUACGGACCUUGUCUUGCUCCAUCUAAACAAGCCUCAGUAAACUUUUUUUUAUGUAUUCUAUCAUCAUGACCAUGGAAUGAGUUUGUUCUGACCUCACACAGGGACUGGAGUUUGUCAAAGAUGGUACUCUGGGUAAAGAAAGAUUGAACAGUGCUUUUGUGCAUAGGACUAU